AUGUGGAGCGAUCUAGUUUUACAGGCAGCAAUAAUUCUAUUCACGCUCUUCAUGUUCCUCUACAUCCACAAAAUUCCCCAAAAGCUCCUCCCCAAGCUUAGGCGAUCCAAUCUCGACGCCAGGCGCCACUUUGUCCUCGGAGCUCAACUCCUCUCUCAAGCCAGAUCCUCCACCUCCGACGCCGUCUCCCUCGCCGGCCGAGCCGAGGCCGAAGCCAAUCGGGCCAUCGCGCUCGACCCGAAAGACGCCGCCUCGCACAUCCUCAGGGCCCUCGCGCUCGAUCUACAGGGUCUUAGAACCUCUGCCCUGGUCUCGCUCGACGCCGCGCUGUCCCCACCGGCGGUGAGGUCCCUGAGCGACGCCGAGAGGGGGGAUGCUCUGUUCAAGAGGGCGGAGCUUAAGGUGGCGCUGGGCGGCGGAGGGGCGCUGCAGGAUCUGGUGGAAUCGGUGAAGCUGAGAGGCGAUAAUGAGAGAGCAUAUGGGCUGCUGGGAGAGUGUUACGAGAAGAAUGGGCUGAGAGAGGAGGCCCAAAAAGCUUAUGAGGAUGCACUGCGAAUCAAGCCCAAUUAUGACUUUGCACGAGAUGCGUUGGCCCGGAAAUGCGCCAUAUAUGGUAAAGAAAAUUCCUGCAAAUACUUUGAUCCCAAAGCACCCGAACUUGGGAAUCUCGGACUGGCCCUUGCCCGAAAGAGAAAUGAGGAGAGUGUGAAAAAGGGGAAAUCCGAUCAAGACCGGAAUAAGGGGAUUGUUCACCAACCGGACAAGGAACAAGAGAAAGAACUGCUUGAUCCUGCACGCAGGUUUGGGUUUUUUGCUUUUUUCCAUGCAUCCAAUCCAUUUGACUCUUUGACUUCACUUCGCUUCGCUUCGUUCGUUGGGUCGACCCGCUCCGAGAUCUCCAAUCUGAGGGAUAACUUGUGUAUUACUUUGCAAAUGAUAGUACAGUGUCAGUUAGGACUGGCCCGCCCUGUUUGCUUCCUCGAGAGUGAGAGAAGGAAGUCCGUCAGAGGAGCUACAUGGGUAUCUCGUCCUCUUCGCCUAUCGGCGCCUGGUGAUCUAGCAGGCGAGAGGAAGAAAGAAUGCCCCGAAUCCUAG